AUGACGCGCUUCACAAAGAUAGCCAUGAGUAUACCCGACCUCCACCCCGAGGUGGAACUACACGCCAUAAAAAGCGGAUUACGACCUGGAAAAUUUCAGGAAACUAUUGCUGUGGCCAAACCAAAAACUAUAGCCGAGUUCCGUGAAAAAGAUAAAGGACAGAUCGACAUCGAAGAACUCCGACAAGCUCUGAAAGUAGAAAAGCCUCACCAUAGAGACGAUGACAAAACACGGGACAGCAAGAAGAAUUUCAAACCAAUGCCACGAUAUGAGACUUACACCAAAUUCAACACCAAGAGCGAUGAUAUCAUAAAGGAGAUAUUGAAUUCGAAAUUAAUCAAGCCACCAAGAAAAUCUAGCAAUUACCCAGAUUCAAAAGGCACUGACCGAUCAAAAUACUGCUCUUUCCACCAGAAGCACGGACAUAAUACCGACAACUGCGUCAUCGCCAAAGACCUACUAGAGCGACUAGCUCGGCAGGGUCACCUCGACAAAUACAUCAGCGGCCACAUGCAGCGGCGAGCACCUACUUCAGGAGACCAAAGCUCGGUUACACAACAUGGCCGAGAUAGAGACCGACUGAACAAUAGCCAUCCUGAACUACCAACACGUACAAUUAAUUGUAUUUCCGAAGGUUUUGCAGGUGGCGGAGCCACAAGCUCGGCAAGAAAAAGAUCUUACCGAGCUAUACUUUCCAUCAACGCCGAUCAAAGUCAACAGCAGCCGCUGCCAACAUCUCCACAGAUAACAUUCCAGACAGCCGAUCAUGACAAUAGCGUAGCAAAUCUGGAUGAUCCCGUCGUAAUCUCCCUACAGCUCGGAGAUCUCCUGGUUAAAAAGGUGUUGCUCGACCAAGGCAGCAGCGCCGACGUUCUCUUCUACUCAACAUUCCAGAAAAUGAAACUAAGCAGUAAUGUCAUCCAACCUUCCACUGGUGACUUAGUAGGAUUCUCAGGUGAGCGAGUCCCAGUUAUGGGCUCUGUGUGGUUACAAACCACACUCGGUAAGUUUCCUUCGUCAAAAACUUCAGGCAUUCAAUACUUGGUUGUUGAUUGUUUCAGUCCCUAUAAUUUAAUACUUGGCCGACCUUUCUUAAAUAGGUUUAGCGCUAUAGUAUCUAUAAUUCAUCUUUGUGUUAAGUUCCCUUUGCAGGACAACACAAUUGCAACCAUUCACAAUGAUGCCCGAGAAGCCAGGGAAUGCUACAACAAUAGUCUCAAAAGACCUAACCGUAACACAAAAGCCCAGGUUCACAAUAUCAACAACAUGAACAACCAACACAUGCUGGCCGACCUUGAUCCCAGAGCAGGAACACUAGAAAGACCAACCCCAACAGAAGACCUCGAUAAAUCUAUUUCACAGAAAACUCAGACAAAUUCACAUACGUCGGCUCAACAUUAUCCUCAAAAGAAAAAACGUCAUUCCAAGCAUUCUUAA